GUCUCGCGUGCGCUCAACUCAAUGCGAUCACGGAGGGCGGCCGGCGGGUGAUUGUCAGACACGCGCUGCUCCGUUCUUUCACCAGUCCGUGAUUUUUCCGGUGUUCGGUGCGGAUGGAGGCGGCGUUGCUGCAGCCGCAGGACGCGCGCGCGGAGCAGGAGGUGCUGAAGCUGCAGGAGCUCGUGCGGAAACUCGAGCGGCAGAACGAGCAGCUGCGGACGCGCGUGAACAUCGCGCCGCUCGCGAGCUCCUGCUGCAUCCCGAGUCCCAAGCCGAGUCUCGCGUGUCAGUAUGAACCGUUCCCGUAUUACCAGCCUUCAGUCACCGAUGAUGAAGAUGAUGAUGAUGAAGAAGAGGCGUGUGAGUCGCGCGCGCUGCUGGAUGAGCUGGAGAUUCUGGACCUGGAGAAGAUCUUCCCGAACAUCAGCGAGUCCGAGGAGACCUGGAUGAAUUCACCUCGAUCACCUAUAGAAAGAUAUCUUUACUGUUUAUUUCAAGCUGUAUGUGUCUCACGGUCUCAUGUGUGGUCCGGUGCGGGUAAGUCUGCUUUGCAGUGGUGUCGACAGGUUCUGGAUCAGCAGCGGUCAGAUGUGGACACCAACAGACACACACAUGGCCAAAGACUAGAGUCUGUGAACCGAUGGAGGUCAGGUGUCACCUCUCCUGCUCGUCCUCACACUCGUGUAGUUGGGAUUUCUCCUCUCGGAAGCUCCUGUAAACCCUGUGACCGAGCAGGUGUGUGGAGUCAGUGCUCAGUGGACAGUGAUGUGGACGAGGAUUAUAAACCGCAGGAUCUCAGCGAUGUUCAGGUGAUGGCGCGACUGCAGGAGGAGAGUUUACGUCAGGAUUACGCCACGACCUCUUCCUCGUCCGUUCAGAACCGUCGCAGCUCCAGUUUUACCUUCCUGUUCAGCCAACGGGACGAUUCGAACCUGGAUGAUGAUGAUGAUGAUGAUGAUGAAGAUUAUGGUCAGUUGCCCCCACCGCAGCCGCGUCUGAGUCGGGCUGGAGCCAUUCACCGCGGUCUGCCGCAUUCACACACGUUCAACACCAUCAGAGACUGGACAUGCGGCCUCAUCGCCUCCACACCUCCGUACACCCCCACUGCACCCGUCUCACCUCAAACCAGCGCCAACACACCAGUGUCCUCGCACGAGCACACCGGCCUCAGGAGCAGCUCAGAUAAGUUAAGGAGGAGUAUGCCAAACCUGCUGCGAGCUCCGAGCGUGACCAGCGUUCUGGUCCCAGCCAAUCAGAUGACUUCAGCUCCGUCCAUCCGCAACAGUCAAAGCUUCGAUUCAUCUAGCGCGCUGACAAGACUGCAGACCGCUAUUCCGUCUCCUGCGCAGCUGCAGAAUCGUGUUCAGAGUGUGGGGAACUUCUCGUCACGUCCGACUCUGAAAGCCACCGCUUACGUUAGCCCGACCAUCAAGAGUUCCUCCCUCAUGACAUCAUCAGCCAGUUUACAGUCUCUGUUUAGCAGCAGCAGUAAGACGAGCGGAUCACAGAUACCAGCGCGCAGCGCACUGCCACGACCUGCAUCCUUCAUAGCGACCGUCUCCAACCGCAGCAAACUCAACACACCUGUGCGCAGUUUGCUGACACCACCAAAGAGUCUGGUGACGCUGAGCGCGCUGCGUGAUGGAAGCUGGCGUGACGGCUGUUACUAGCGGCGGCGAGAUGUGGGUCAGUCGGGGUUAACUGGAAUAAUGAUGCGGACGGUCGGAGCUCCCUGCUGGUCAGGGUCGUUCACCAUCACCAAGUGUUCUUGACGAGAGGACUGACGCUGCGUGUGUGUGCCCGUGAGUGUGUGUGUGUGUGUGUGUCUGUGUGUGCCUGUGUGUGUGCCUGUGUGUGUGUGUGUGUGUGUGCGUGUGUGCCUGUGUGUGUGUGCCUGUGUGUGUGUGCGUGUGUGUGUGUGCGUGUGUGUGUGCGUGUGUGUGUGCGUGUGCCUGUGUGUGCCUGUGUGUGUGUGCCUGUGUGUGUGUGUGUGUGUGUGCCUGUGUGUGUGUGUGUGUGUGUGUGUGUGUGUGUGUGUGUGUGUGUGUGUGUGUGUGUGUGUGU